UUCUCCUGCGACACCAACAGCCAUCUUUCAAACGCUGCUAGAAAAUGACGUCUGAUGACGAGGAUGAAGAGCUUAGACGAGCAAUUGCCUUGUCUCUGCAGGAUGUUCAUGGUUCACCGCUCCCAUCCGACAAUAUGGCCAGUCGGGAUGUCAACAAAUCGAACGUGAACAAUAACACAGCAAAUGGCAAAAAAGAGUCCGCUGCAAUGAUUCAGUAUGGAGCCUCACAAGCUAGUGCACCCCACAAGAGACGGCACUCUUCGUCUACAAUCUCCAUUGAAUCAGACGAUGCAGGAAGCAAGAAGCAAAAGCUAGACCUUGAAGAUAGGAAAUCAUCUCCGGCACGCCCAGACGCACCACCACCCUUCCCGAAUGUCCGUGGUCUCCUCCGCAAAACCUGGGUGUUCGGACAACCACGAGACAACGACAUAAAGAUCGAGGAAGUGUUGAGACCUUCCGACCUACGGCUGGCAGUUCUGAGUGCAUUUCAAUGGGACAUGGAAUGGAUCUUGAACAAAGUGAAGCCCACGACUAAGCUGGUCUUCGUCAUGGAAGCCAAAGAAGAGGAGGUUCGGAAGCAAUGGAGAACAGACGCAGACCACUACAAAAACUUGGUGCUCUGCUUCCCUCCUAUGCCGGGUCAAGUCAAUCGGAUGCACAGCAAGCUCAUGCUGCUCUCUUUCGAGAACUGGAUACGCGUCGUCAUCCCAACAGCGAAUCUCGUCCCGUAUGAUUGGGGAGAGUCGGCCAACCCGAACAAUCGAGUCUCCGGCGUCAUGGAGAACUCCCUCUUCCUCAUCGACCUGCCACGGCGUUCGGACGGGAAGUUGACCGCUCGGAAAGACCUAACCGAUUUUGGUCGAGAACUGCUCUCGUUCUGCGAAAGCUCCACGUUCCCGCCCUACGUCAUCGACGGCCUUUUGAAAUUCGAUUAUACCAACACCAAGCACAUCCAAUUCGUCCACUCGGUUGGCGGAUCUCACAUCGUAGGACCAGCGGAGACGGGCUUGUUCGGACUCAGCCGCAGCGUUCGCAAUCUUGGCAUGGAGGUGGAGCGACGAAAAGCACUGUUCGUCCAGCCUUCCACAGCGAAAGGCUCUGAAGUUCACGUCGACUACGCCACGGCUUCGCUCGGUGCGCUGAAUUAUCCCUUCAUAUCCACUUUCUACGAUGCCUUACUCGGUCGCGAAGUCAAACAGCCAACGAAAGGCGCGACCAGCAACCCCAUCCAACUCCUAAAACGCGUCUUCCGGAUAUUCUUUCCUACGUACGACACUGUAGCAACCAGUACGAAAGGCACCGACUCCGGUGGGACGAUCUUCCUGAUGUCGAAAUGGUGGAAUGCCGACACCUUUCCGAAAGAACUUAUGAGGGAUCAUGUUUCUCGCCGGGCGGGCAUCCUAAGUCACAGUAAGAUGAUUCUGGUGCGCCAUGUCUCGGUCGCCAGUCAGGGAGACGCUUCGAGCAGCAGAGGAGCCGGUUCGAUCGACCCUGCCUAUCUUUACGUCGGAUCUCACAACCUGUCGGAGAGUGCCUGGGGCAAAUUGGUUACAGAUCGCGCCACGAAGAAACUGAAGAUCAAUUGCGCAAACUGGGAGUGCGGCGUCAUAUUCCGGAUCGCCUCACCGGAACAGAAGGGCGAAGAAUUGGAUUUUGCUCUGUGCGAGGGUGGCUCAUUGGAUAGCAUACCUUGGGAACUGCCAGGAAGACCAUAUGAGAAUCAUCGACCCUGGUUCUGUAUGGAAGAUUUCCCUUGAACCGACGCGACCGGAAUGCUAAAGUCUAUGACCCCCUGGACGCCUGGGUACGGUUAUGCUCGUCUUAAAAGCGUCCGAGCAUUAUAAUCAGGCCACAUGUCUAUUUCCUUUUGAGAAAAAAAGAGCAUUAUCACUUCGCAUGUGCGAAUUCUGGUUUAGAUAGAACCCCAGCCGCCAGUUGGACAUACAUUGUCGAUUUUCUUGUCUACUAUUGUGUGUUCCAUGCAUCGUCCACGCCGUCUUCCUCGAAGAACCCGAGGACAAAGCAAAACGAAGUCAUGCCAACUUACCUCAACCCCAUCGCCUAGCCACCAGGGACGGUGGUCUUAUCGUUCUGGCAGCAUCGGCAGAAGUUCUCUCCUCGUCCAUUCAACGUCCGGCAGUGUCUGCAAAUCCAGGGGGCAGGGCCGUAGGG